UGGAUCGUCUCCAGUGACCAGACAAAUGGCAACGUGGCAACUUAGUUGUGGGUGGGGUUCGUUAGCAUAUAAAGACAUAUCGCAACUGCAGACCAUCACAGUUCUUCGAAAGGCACCGACAUGAAGUUUGUCAUUGUAAUCGCUUCCUUGGUAUCUGUAGCCUUUGCCGCCCCCCAGUACGGCUACGGAAGAGGCGGUGGAGGCUCGAGCGAGGAGAUCCCCAUCCUGAGGGACGAUCGGGACCGCGAUGACUUCGGGAGGUACAGCGUCAACGUCGAAACCGCCAACGGCAUCGUACUGGCCGAUGCUGGAGCCCCCGAAGGACCCAAGGGCGCCGUUGUGUCCUCUGGAUUUUUCUCGUACACUUCCCCAGAGGGCAUUCCAGUCCACGUGAAGUACGUUGCCAACGAAAACGGCUUCCAGCCCCAGUCCGACCUCCUGCCGGUGGCUCCCGAAUUCCCCCACCCAAUCCCCCAAUUCGUCCUCGACCAGAUCGCCUUCGCUGCUGAGGAGGACAGGCGUGGCAGUUCUUCGAGAUCGUCCUCAGGAUCUUAUGCUCCUCCUCCCCCUCGUUACAAUUAGAUUAUCUCGUUGUUGGAAAGUCGAACGAGCGAAUAUAUUUAUUACCAAAUGGCGAAUAAAUGAUGCUUCAACAUA